GCGUGUAUGUGUGCGUGCGUGCACGAGUGUGCGUGUUUUUCUGGGUAUUUAAUGUGCACAGUUGUGUUUGUGUGUACCAUCCACGCAACGGGGGUGUAAUGUGUCUUGCCAGGGAGUGGUACUUCAGUCAUACUCAUACAGCCACCUUUUGGAUGUGAGGGAAAGUGCCAAUGUUCCCGGCAGACCGUUAAAGCCCCGAUUCUUUAUGGAUUUUGAAGGGUUCGCAAAUCCCCGGGAUUUGGAUACGGAGUGAUUCACUCAGCUCGGAGCCACAGUGGGAGUAACACCUUCAAAGCAGACUGGAUUUCCUGCCGUAGGCAUCUGUGUCAGCUGGAUUUGUCCAUUACUACUAAAGAGACCGCCUUCUUACCCCCCUCUUCAAGACUCACACUUUUGCCUGCUAGCCUGAUGAGAGGAUGCUGCAGGGGUCUGAUGAGGGACUAAACCCAACCUGAACCCCCUGACCCCUGGAUCCCUGCGUCUGCUGUCGCAUCAUGCACCUGCUGUGUCGUGGCCGCCUGAAACUGCUGGUGGCGUCUCUCACGGCGGUCAUCCUCCUCACCUGGCUCUACCUGUUGGCUGGCAACCUGGAGAAUGGCCGUUCCCUCCUCUUAGUACCAUGUCUCGCCGACACCCCCGCAGCGCGGGUUCUUGAGCGGGCCGUAUUGGAGUCACGGGUCCGUGAGGUGGAGGAGGAAAACCGACAGAUUCGGCUUCAGCUCAGCCAAUCACACGGCACUGCUGCCCAGCCUCCCGAAGGCAACUACGGCAAUCAGCAGUGGGCCGCGUCAGCGGAUACCGGGCCAGAGGAUGUGGACAACACCGCAGAGGAGAAGAACAACCACACAGAGUGUCCCCGCUCGCCGACUGUCCAAAAGUGUGAGCUGAUCCAUGUAGCAUGCGUGUGUGCCGGUCACAACGCCAGCCGAGAUGUGGUCACUCUGGUCAAGUCAAUUCUUUUUCACAGGAGAAAUCCACUCCACUUCCAUUUCAUCACGGACACAGUAGCCAAUCGUAUCCUCAGUACUCUGUUUCAGUCCUGGAUGGUUCCGUCUGUGCAAGUCAGCUUCUAUGAUGCAGAUGAACUCAAGUCUGAAGUGUCGUGGAUACCUAAUAAGCACUACUCAGGUAUUUACGGCCUGAUGAAGCUGACAUUAACCAAAGCCUUACCCUCCGACCUGUCAAAGGUCAUCGUCCUGGAUACGGACAUCACCUUCGCCACUGACAUUGCUGAGCUGUGGGGUAUUUUCAGGAAGUUCACAGACAAGCAGGUGAUUGGACUGGUGGAAAACCAGAGCGACUGGUACCUGGGGAACCUAUGGAAAAACCACAAGCCCUGGCCCGCCCUUGGACGAGGCUUCAACACAGGUGUCAUUCUGCUUUACUUGGAACGCCUGCGCCGAAUCAGCUGGGAGCAGAUGUGGCGGCUGACUGCAGAGAGAGAGCUAAUGAGCAUGCUCAGUACAUCACUGGCUGAUCAGGACAUUUUCAACGCCUUUAUCAAGCAGAACCCUGUGCUGGUGCACCAGCUGCCUUGCUUCUGGAACGUCCAACUGUCUGACCACACACGGUCCGAACAGUGCUACACAGAGGUGUCUGACCUUAAGGUGAUCCACUGGAACUCUCCUAAGAAGCUACGAGUGAAGAAUAAGCAUGUGGAGUUCUUUAGAAACCUUUACCUGACCUUCCUGGAAUAUGAUGGCAACCUGUUGAGACGAGAGCUGUUCGGCUGUUCCAGCGAUGCCACCACCGAGAGCACACGGCUGCAGACCGCUCUGGAGGAACUGGAUGAGGAUGACCAGUGUUAUGACUUUCGGCGUGAGCGAAUCAUGGUGCACCGUGUUCACCUCUACUUCCUGCAGUACGAGUACUCACCGAUUGAAGAUGACACGGAUGUCACAUUGGUCGCUCAGCUCUCGAUGGACAGGCUACAGAUGCUGGAAGCCAUCUGUAAGCACUGGGAAGGCCCCAUUAGUUUGGCUCUCUACAUGUCAGAUGCUGAGGCCCAGCAGUUCCUGCGCUAUGCCCAGGCCUCAGAGGUCCUAAAGAACCGCAAGAAUGUUGGCUACCACAUUGUCUACAAGGAGGGCCAGUUUUACCCUGUCAACCUGGUGAGGAAUGUGGCCCUAAGAAAUGUCAACACACCAUAUGUUUUCCUGGCAGAUGUGGACUUCCUGCCCAUGUAUGGCCUCUAUGAUUACCUCAGAAAAUCUGUGGUACAAUUGGACAUGGCUCACACAAAGAAGGCUUUGGUAGUUCCGGCUUUUGAGACAUUACGCUAUCGACUGUCUUUCCCGAAGUCCAAAGCUGAGCUGCUCUCCAUGCUGGAUAUGGGGACCCUCUACACCUUCAGGUAUCAUGUCUGGACCAAAGGCCAUGCUCCCACCGAUUAUGCCAAAUGGCGAACAGCCACCACACCCUAUAAGGUUGAGUGGGAGGCGGACUUUGAACCAUAUGUAGUGGUCAGACGGGACUGUCCAGAGUACGACCAGCGUUUUGUGGGCUUUGGCUGGAACAAGGUGUCCCAUAUUAUGGAGCUAGAUGCUCAGGAGUAUGAGCUGAUGGUCCUCCCCAAUGCCUUCAUGAUCCACAUGCCACAUGCUCCCAGCUUCGACAUUUCCAAGUUUCGCUCCAGCCCCAGUUACCGCAACUGCCUGAGCACCCUGAAGGACGAGUUCCACCAGGACCUGUCCAGGAAGUAUGGCUCUGCCGCUCUCAAGUACCUCACCGCCCAGAGGAACAUCUAA